AUGUCUACUACACUAUCCAAGGAUCUAGAGAAGAAACCUGCCACUGUCCUGUACACGGACGACUCGUACGCCGAUGGACAGGUGUCAGUGUCAUCUGUCGAAAAAGCCGUCAUCGGUGAAGAUGGCAAAGCUGAGGGCACAAGACUGAGGAAAGAAUUGGACGCCCGUCAUGUAUCGAUGAUUGCCAUCGGUGGUUCUCUGGGCACAGGUUUGCUAAUAGGCACCGGUUCGUCUCUGGCCAAAGCCGGACCAGUGUCGAUUUUGAUUUCAUAUUCGUUCGUGGGUCUUCUGGUAUAUACAGUGAUGAGCUGUCUUGGUGAAAUGGCCGCUUUUAUUCCGCUGGACGGAUUCACGUCCUACGCUUCCCGUUACUGCGACCCUGCUCUUGGGUUCGCAGUCGGCUACUCAUACUUGUUCAAAUACUUUAUCGUGACGCCCAACCAACUGACAGCAGGAGCUAUGGUCAUGCAGUACUGGGUGAGCAGAGAUAAAGUCAACCCAGGUGUCUGGAUCACCAUCUUCCUCGUGCUCAUCAUCAUCAUCAACACCGUCGGUGUCAGAUUCUUUGGUGAGUUUGAGUUCUGGCUCUCCAGUGUUAAAGUCUUGGUCAUGCUUGGUCUCAUCAUCCUGCUGUUCGUCAUUAUGCUCGGUGGUGCCCCAUCCCACGACCGUACUGGUUUCAGAUACUGGAAGGACCCAGGUGCUUUCAAGCCUUACGACAAUAUUCCUGGCUCCAAGGGCAAGUUCGUGUCGUUUGCUUCGGUUUUCGCCCUGGCGCUAUUCGCUUACACCGGUACUGAAUUGUGUGGUAUCGUUGCUGCUGAGGCAAGAAACCCAAGAAAGAGUGUUCCUCGUGCUAUCAAACUUACUCUGUACCGUAUCGUGGUCUUCUACAUUGUCACAAUCUUCCUUUUGGGAAUGGUGGUGGCCUACAAUGACCCACUAUUGUUGAAAGCUAAGAAAAUGAGCACCUCUGCUGCUGCAUCUCCAUUUGUCGUUGCCAUCAUUAACGCCCAGAUUCCAGUCUUGCCUCACAUCUUUAACGCAUGCGUGUUGGUGUUUGUUUUCAGUGCCUGCAACUCGGACUUGUAUGUCGCGUCCAGAACCCUAUACGGUCUGGCCAUCGACCGCAAGGCUCCACAGAUCUUUGCCAAGACCAACAAGUGGGGUGUUCCAUACAACGCGCUUCUGCUGUCCAUUUUGUUCUGUUUGCUUGCUUACAUGAACGUUGCAUCCUCGUCUGGCCAAGUCUUCACCUACUUCGUUAACGUUGUGUCCAUUUUCGGUCUGUUGAGUUGGAUCUCGAUUCUAAUCACAUACAUCAGAUUUGAGAAGGCUGUGCGUGUUCAAUUUGGUGACAAGUCAAGCCUAUCAUACGUGGCACCCAUGCAGCCUUGGUCUGCAUACGUAUGUCUAGGCUUCUGCAUCUUGAUCGGUUUGAUCAAGAACUACACCGUUUUCCUCGGCCACAAAUUCGACUACAAGACUUUCAUCUCUGGUUACAUUGGUAUCCCAGUCUUCUUCGUUUGCUACGUUGGCUACAAGAUCGUUAUGAAGACCAAGCUCAUCGCUCCUGAAGAUGUCGAUCUCUACACUUUCAAGGCAGCAAUUGAUGCUGAGGAGGAAGAAGGUAAGAUUUACGAUGCUGAGCGCGACGAGAGACUGAGAAACGCUAAAUGGAGCGGCGAGUGGAUCUACGACCGCUUCUUGGGUUGGCUAUUCUAA